CUUGCUUAGAGACUUUACCUGGGAUUUUAUAAAUAAUUAGGUAAUGGUCAUAUAGUUUCUCUGUUUGCCGAGCGCACUCAUCUCUAGCAUUUCAUCCCUGGUUCUUCCCUGACUAGAACUUCCUCAUCCCCCUCCCAAUACCCAUGCUAGUUGAUCGCCAUAGUUCGAUUAUUUUAUCUUGAUCAUAUGUAACAAAGCAGGUCGAGGUUUUCAGAUUGAAGUUUGGUUAAUCUAAGAAAACCGAGUGCAGGCUUGUUUCUGCUAGUAUUUUCAAUUCUGCUAGUAAUGAUUUUAUUUAACAUGGGCGUGUAUAUCAAGUUUUCAUUGGCGGGGCUCUUUUGUGGCAUAGUGAAUCCUGGAAGAUCAUUGUAUAGCGACCGACAAGAUCAUUAGUGGCAUCUAACCUUGUUGCCCCCAGGUUGCAGGCCCUUUCUUAGAAGGAUACUAGUUAAGCUUUGGGAGGAAGCUGGCCCUAUCAAUCAAUGGUGAUACAUUUUGAUUUCAACAUAUCAAGAGAGGAGGGCUAAAGAAAUGCUGCAGAAUGCCAUCAUUAUGUAUGCAGAAGUUAGAGAAUAUUUUUUAAGUGUAACGAAUAAGUUCAACAAGGUUAAAAAAACGAAAUUUGUUACAAAGGUAUAAUGGAUGCGUCUACAUCCACGCCGAGCCUUGAAAGAGUCAGCCAGUUGUUAGCUAUUCUUCUCACGCAGCUAGCUCCUUGCUCUUUUCUUUUAUUGUUACUUUGAAUAGAGCUCUCUUGAACUCAAUGAAUUAAACAUCGAUUUGAGGCAUGGGCGUUCCCGUUUGGGGGAGGGGGGGGUUCUGAAUAUAUAGUUUAUUUCUUGUAGAAGAAAACGUGGCAUAACCCCUCACCAAAACAUUUUGUGGGCACAAAACAAGUGGACUCAUUUUGUGGAAAAGAUCAGCACUUUGCUGAAAAUUGACUUUGGUUCCUUGAUAUCAAGUUUUUUUCUUUGCCAGGUAAAAUUUCUUGCGUGCGCGCAAAAUGUUUUUUUAAAGAGAGGAAAGGGAGGUGCAGGCAGUGGCGGCGCCAGCUACUGCAGAAUGGGAGGGUAAUGGGCGUGGCCAAUGAUACCACCAAUGCCAAUGCAGAUCCUGACUUGGUAUGUUUACAAUGGAGAAGAUGGCGCAGUAAAACGCUAGUCCAUUUUAUUUGAAAGGUGGCCAUAUCGGAUAGGAUGUUGAAAAAUUCACAGUAACGACAUUGCCAAAACAUGUUUACUUAUUCGAGUUUACAUUCCUCUUCUCAAUCUGUGCCUUUGGUAUGCCAAUCGUUUUUAAUUGAAACUGUUUUCUUACGUCAUUUUGUAAUCCAUGUUUUCUAAACACGGUUCAUAAGAGACUUGCUUUUAAUGCACGUUAUUUUUUAAGAAACAUCGAUUUUCUCCAGUCAGAAUUCCAUCUGAUUGGUAUGCAAUGGUUUCCAUAGUGCACAAUGGUACAUUUUUCUUAAACAACAUGGUGUGGGCACAAAAGUAAACAUAUUCAAAUCGAUUUGUAGCUAACCCCACGCGGUUAAAAUGUUUCUUCCUGUUUUCUAUGGCAAGGAAUUUUUAUUAGUCGUUUUUUUCGUUCUGAGUUUCAUAGCUUUUGUCACAGUGCAAUCAAAACCGUUCUAUUUAGAAUCAAGUUAGAAAGUGGUCAGAUGCAUUUAGUUUCAUGUCAUCGUUUUUUUUCUUCCCAUAAUGCAUCGGCCACUCGCAUAAGCUAAGCUUUGGUUGAAAUUCAAGGUCAUAAGAAUAUGGGGGAGGAGUUAAACUUCAAAGCAUUUCUUAGUAUUCCGUGACACAUGACAAGUACUCCAUAAAGCCACAAUCUUGGCAGCAUGAACACGUUAAAAGAAGAGAAACAAGAAAAAAAGAAUCUCCUAAAACGAAUUUUUUCCGGAGCUAAACGAUCAUCUUGUACUACCCAAAUCUAACAUUUUUACAUCAAAUAAACCUCCUCUUCUUGAUUUCUGAUCCAGAUGAUUUAUGAGUUUAAACAGAGAUAUCGAAAAUAAAAGCCCUAUGCUCAUGAUUCGAAAGUGGUAUUUUUGCUAUGUAUUUGUUCCGCCUUUCCACAGAAAUAUCUAAGAACCGUCGAAUCAAUAGUACGAGGAUGAAAAAUAGAACCUGCUUAAGAAUGCCGGAACUUGUAGCUGAAACCAUGCUCUGAAUCGCUGAAUCAACCACCACAACGUAUAUGAAAACCAACCAAGCCUAUAUGAGACACAGGAAAAUUGGUCCCUUGCUCGUUGCAUGUUUGUUAAAGUAUUUCCGAUACAUUUAAAAUUAUCAAGCACAUGCAUAAAUAAGAUAGCCAACAUGGCCUUUUUAAACGAAGUAACUCUGAUGAAAUUGCUCCUGCAGCCACGCCCCACCCCAUCCCCCCACACAUGAAAUCCUUUUAAAAGAAUAUAAGAGAUAAUUAUAUACUAAAAGACAACCGUAAAUUUUGAUAUGAAAAAAGAAAUAAAUAGAUCUUCCAGCCUGAUAUUGUUGAAAACGAUUCAGAGAUACAUUGUGUUUUGAUAAUAUUAUGUUUAAAAAGCCUUUGUUUUUCAUUUCUUUUUCGAAUGAGCCAAAAGUUUUCACUAGAACAGUACUCCAGUGAAACUAAAUUUUACAGCAUCUCGUUCUGAAGGGUUGCGUGGGAGACGUAGCGAGUCCAAAGAAUUUCUAUGAACGACCCGAACUACUCUAAUCCUUUCGAAUCUUGUUUUCAAAAGAUAAUUGAAAUCCUCCUUGUCUCUCUCUCUUGAAAAUAAUAGUAGUUCAAGAACUUUUGAGCAAUCUAGUGAUGCGGGAAUGUUAAUCAUCUCCAGUGGAAUUUGCACAGCAACAUGAUGCAAUAGGUUAUUUAAAACAAAUAUUGAAAACCAAUAAACCCAAAUUACAUGAUGCUUUGCACUUCCGUUUCAACCAAUGCAUUGGUUUGGGCACAUGUAAUGUCAGUUAAAAUACCGCUACUGCAUGUAAGAAAGCAAUGUAUUAGUCGGCAACUGCACUUCUACGGACAAUCAAAAGAUUUGGGGACAUUUGACUCUACAAAUUUUUGAUGGUCAAAAUCCCUUCAGUCAGGAUCGUUAUUUUUGGAUCAGGAGGUGUUGGAAAAACCUCCCUCGUCCAACGAUACCUCUACAAUUCGUUUGAGGAUAGGUAUCAGCCAACGAUAGAAGACGAUCAUAGGAAGGUCAUUCCAUACAAGGGCAACCUUUGUGACGUCACAGUAUUAGACACAACUGGCACACAUCAGUUCCCAGCAAUGAGGGAGCUGGCUAUAAAGAACGGCGAUGGAUUCAUUGUCGUUUAUGCAAUUGACGAUAAAAUGUCUUUGCUUGAAGCAAAGCGGCUGAGAGACGAGAUCGUCAAAGUAAAGGGAAACAAGGAGGUGCCACUUGUUCUUCUUGGCAACAAAAGUGACCGUAGUCCUGUUGGAAGAAGAAAGGUGGGCCUAGAUGCGGGACAAAUGGUGGUUGACGAAUGGAAUGAUGGUUCCGUGCAUAUGGAAACAUCUGCAAAACUCAAUCAUAAUGUUGUAAAUGCGUUUAAUAAAGUUCUCGAAUUGAUUGACUUACAACCGGCUUUUGAGGAAGUAGACGGUGAUAGCUCUCCCUGUCAGAGGAGGCCAUCGAGAAAGGACAGUAUCCGAAGAGGAGUAACAGGUGCAUGGAGAACUGCAACGCACUGUUUCCAUAGAAGCAGAAAAUACAAGGCAGACAAACAAGAGCAGAAAUUUCUUGCUUAGUUAUCGCAAUGAUAUUUGUUUGCGCCAUCGUAAUUCAAUCGAUGUCGCGAUGUUGCAAAUCAUGAGCGAAACGUAACGGAAGGUGCUCCAAACAUCUAAAAUUGAUGAUAACCGUUCACGAAGGAUGGUGGAUGAAUCUAUCUAACCUUGACAUGUGCAGACGUUUUCACCAUGGAUCGUCAAGAUGCUAUCUUCUUAAUUUAACCCAUCAUAUGUACUGAUUUGAACCUAACCAACGACCAAAUGUUUCUGCAUUUGUGGCUAAACUAAUGAAGUUGUCAAGAACUGAAGGUAUCUAGUAAUCGCUAAACGAAAAUGCAUAGUUUGGAUUGAGUAUCUAAUGUAGACUAAAAGUAUAACAUCGACCAGAAGCAUAGCCCCAAUCCAUUGCAGGGGGGAUCAAGGAGUGAGACUUCCUAGGAAUAAAGCUUUGCUGUAUCCUAAAACAAAGUUAUGUUAAACAGCCUUAGUAUCGUUGCAACAUUCCAAGAAAAUUCAAAAUCGUUUAUCUAAACAAAUGUGACCACACCUGAAACCAUCCAUCCCCAAAUGCUUCUCAACUGAUGUCAAGAAUUCGAUUGAAAAAUUGUUGUAGGAUUUACGCGUCAACAUAUACGUCUAUGCCUCUGUUAAAAAUAAUGAUGACAAAUAAUGAUUAUUUUAAUGCGACAUAUGAUUUUAUAAUCAUGCUAGAAAUGUGCGUAACUAAUCUAUUUCAUAAAGGUGACAAACUCUGUUCUUCAGAACCAUUUGGUAGGAAUGACAGCUCAAUUCAAGAACCAGUAGAGAAAAUCCCCUCAUUUUACAUGUAAAUAAUAUGGUCAUAAUCCUUUGAAUGUUCCUAGAUAUUUUCGAGAAUCAAAAACCAAAGUUAUUCCGUUAGUUUUUGAGCUGAAGAACAGGGGCCUUUUUUAUGACAAACAUACUAACAAGAGGACGUGGUAUUUUCGAUAGCCUCUCAACCCUGACAAGAGCUUAACUAUUCCACAUUAAUUUCCAAUGAGAGACGCUGAUGCUUUUCUAGAAACAUCACAUGGUAAGCGGAACUGUAUUGUCUUGGUAGAGAGGUUAAUGAACAUUAGAAACAUACUAACAGUUCUAAUUUCAUUAUCAAAAGUAAUAUUCGCUAUGGCAGUGUAGGAUUCUGCAAUGUUGUUCUACGAACAAAACAGUAGAAUUACAGAUGGUUACAAAUUACUGAAUCGACUAGAAACUGUUGCCUAGGUAAAAAUAAUGAUAUCAGUCUCUAUAGGUUCAGAUUGCUAAAUCAUAUUAUAUUAAGUGUGGUCGUAUUGGUACAGCCGGCUGGUUCAAUAUGCUAUUAGUUAUCUCAGAGAGCAAAAUCAAUGUUUAUCAUUUAAAAUAAUAUGAUAGUACCUAGAAAAUAUGAAACUCCAAUAUUUUGAAAUUUCAAGCCCAAGCAAACUUUGUUCAUUUUAUUUAUGACCUAAAUAGAGAUGGUGUUUAAGGGAAAAGUAUUUUUCCAUUGGUUUUAAGGAAAGUUAAAAUAUCAGGCAGUCAGAAAAUCAGACUGUAUUAUGAUGUAUCACAACAUUGAUCGAGGCAUGUUGAAUAUAAUAUGUUUCAUCAACUCGUGGCAUUCCCAUUUUUAAAAAAGAUACACAUUAGGAUAAAUAUUCUCAGAUGAGAAAAGAAAUGUAAACUUGCUACAAGUACUAUAUGUUUGUUGAUUGGUAUGUGUAAUUGUGAAUUUAUGUGAUUUGGGAUUUCUCAACUUCUGUUAUACUAGUGAUUCUAGUGAAAAACCUUUACAGUUAAAUUGUAUUGAAAUUACAAAGUAACUGAACUUGAGAAGUCCAAAAAUAAAGUUAAUUUCUUCUAGAAAGAUAAUGAUAUUAUUUUGUAUUGUUGUGCUGUUAAUCUGUCUAACAGGAAAUCCGUAUUUAUGAAGUUUGCUGAUAAAUAUUGUCUCUUUUUACCUUUCUUCAAAUACCAUGUACCCAGAUCACCAUUCAAUAUGGAAUAACACUACAGCCAAUUAACAGCCUAACAAAAUCAGCAGCAGCAAAACAGUAAAAAGCACAGUAGAAGAAAAAGAAGCUGAUGCAUAUCAUCAAAUAUAAGAAUUUCAAGACAAGACUAAAAAAUAUUAAGCACAAAUAAAUUAUCUGCCCUUUUAAAAAGAAUUGGAUGCUAAAACAAAUUCUGACAAUAACAUAUGUACCUAAUUUGCCAAGUUUGGUAUGAAAGUACCAGCAAAGUUCUAGGUUCACUGGGUUUGUUAAACUAAGACUCUGUAUACACUGGAGGUGGUGAUCUUGCUCUUCUUCCUAAACAAUGAACAAAAAGUCCUUCAAAAAUUUUCUGAUAAACAACAAAUUUGACGAUAUUUAUCUAGUUGAAAAUACUGUCAGUUUGUGGUAUGAUGGUAUAUGAUGGAUGAAUGGCUUGAUACAUCCUAUCUUCCUCUUUAACAGAAUGAAGAUUGAAAGUCAAAUGAUGAUUAAAGAUCAACAAAUUUUAAUAUCAGUAAUUGUUGAAAUCUGCAGCAUGCUUAUGUAACAAACAAAUCUGGAUGAUCAUAAAUUUGCAUUAACAAGACCCCAAAACUUGAGCAAUGGAGACAUUGUGCCAAAUUCAAAAACAAAAUGGAAAUAACAACUUUAUCUUGAUAACAAUUUCAGUCUGUUGAGCCAUAUUCUGUAAAAGGAUUCUGGCCUAGGCCUUGUGGCUUUUCUUUUGAUUUCAUGCAAGCAAUUUAAACUAAAAAACCACGCAAAGUUUCUGUGACUAGAAGACAAAUUCAUGUCAAGCAGGCUACAAUAUAUUAGAUUAGCUAUGCAAGGUGAUUACAAGCUUUGGGUAGAGUAGUCCUUUAAAUGAAAAAUCCCAUUCUCUUAUAGGUGGGAUGGUUUUAAUUUCUCCAGCCAGUCAAAACACUGGACGCUAGGACAUUUUAAAAAUUUAGAUUUAGGGGGGGGGUGGGGGUAAUUAGAAGGCAAACAGAGUUAAAGCCUUAAUGCAAAGAGCUCAGAGCUGCCACAAAGAAAAGUAUAACCAAACUCUUAGAUGUAGGCUAGGCUUAACACAUACCCCUGAUUUCACCAUUUGUGGUUGUUAUAUAUUCUUCAGGAAUCUCAAAAUAUGGAACAGCUGGGCCACCAGGCCCCCCUGGAACAGGUAGCUGGGCUUCUGUCAAUUCAUUACUACCAUUUCCAUUAAAUAAUGAAAUAUCUAGGUAUAAGGGAAACAAAAUGUAUAAGGCAACAUAUUUUCUG